UGUUGGCUUGCGGUUCCGCGCUUUUGAAAAAAUAAAUAAGUAGAAUAAAAACAGCCUUGAAAAAAAUAUAUCGGUAUUUGUGAAUCCAGUGGUUGAGGUCCGUCGAUUGGUCCGGGUGGUGAAUUCUUCGUAAGGGGGUGGACUUUUAUUCUCGAGCCGUUCAUUUGGACUCAAUUCCCCGACGAAACGAGUCUGACGAUUAGGUUGAAUUUUGAUGACGGUGUGAGGGACAGUGUGACGAUUGUGUGAUUUAAGUGAGGUGAGGGGGUGGAAAAAUAGAAAAUAAUAAUUUGUGUUGGGAUCGGGAAUGGCGAGGCUCUUCAGGGCCAUUUGCCAGGUAUCGGUAAAUUUCUCAGGACGGUGAGAUAUCAGGACUUGAAAUUAUGCGGAUAAUUGACGGCCCUGAUCCCAAGGACUCGGUGGGAAAUAAGUUUUUGGAGAGGAGAACAUGAAACACCGGAAGAGACACAGAUCAAGGCUGUGACACUUGACACUUCUGUCAAAUACCGAUACUCAUACUGCGGAUUUAUUUUCCCUAGGUGUUGUUUUAUUUGUUGGCAAUCGAGAAUAUUUUCUGAGGAUUUUUUUUUAAGAUGAAGAGGACUAGAGGAUGAGGUAGGGGACGGGGCCACGGCCUCAUCGGCCAAACCGGCGUCGUCCACUUGGCAGAAAAAAAAAAACGUGGACAACACGAGGACGAUGGAUCAAUCGUGUUACCAGUAUUUGUGCGAUUUUACUAGAGCCAUGGAAAUAUUUCAGGGAGAAUUCUUAUGGAAAUUCCAGGGGAUUAAUUCGGUGUAGGAGGCUAUCCUGGCUGAUAUCAAGGACUUGAAGAAUAUGCAGGGCAAAGAGAGCCCGGUCGGGUCCAACACCCAGGAAACCCAUCAGUAUGUUGGACCCUAUCGACUCGAGAAAACCCUUGGCAAGGGACAAACCGGACUGGUAAAGCUCGGUGUACACUGUGUACUAGGCAAAAAAGUAGCCAUAAAGAUCAUCAAUCGUGAAAAACUAUCGGAGUCGGUAUUGAUGAAGGUGGAACGUGAGAUUGCCAUCAUGAAGCUCAUCGAUCAUCCCCACGUGCUUGGUCUGACUGAUGUAUACGAGAAUAAAAAAUACCUGUAUCUGGUGCUGGAGCACGUAUCAGGUGGAGAGCUGUUCGACUAUCUCGUUAAAAAAGCUCGUCUCACCCCUAAAGAGGCGAGAAGAUUCUUUCGACAAAUCAUCUCUGCAUUAGAUUUCUGUCAUAGCCACAACAUAUGCCAUCGAGAUUUGAAGCCUGAAAAUUUACUCCUGGAUGAGAAGAAUAACAUUAAAAUAGCCGAUUUUGGAAUGGCAUCACUCCAGCCAGCUGGAUCAAUGCUGGAAACUAGUUGUGGCUCACCUCAUUACGCUUGUCCUGAAGUCAUCAGGGGGGAGAAGUACGACGGGAGAAAAGCGGAUGUCUGGUCUUGUGGAGUCAUUCUUUACGCAUUACUUGUUGGAGCUUUACCCUUUGAUGAUGAUAAUCUCCGUCAAUUAUUGGAAAAAGUUAAAAGAGGUGUUUUUCACAUUCCCCAUUUUGUUCCACCUGAUUGUCAGAAUUUACUCCGGGGUAUGAUUGAAGUGAAUCCUGAUAAACGACUCACGUUGGCGGAAAUAAAUAGGCACAUAUGGGUAACAGCAGCGGGAAAAGGUGAAUUAGAAUUGGAGCUAUCGAUGAUGGAAGUGGUGCAGACACAUGUGAUACCGUCCGUCGAGGCGAUAGACCCGGAUGUUCUUCAGGCGAUCGCCAGUCUCGGUUGUUUCAAAGAACGUGACAAACUCAUUCAAGAAUUGCUCAGUCCCAACCAUAACACAGAGAAAGUCAUAUAUUUUCUCCUCCUGGAGCGAAAAAGGAGAAGGCCAGCUUGUGAGGACGAGUUAGAAGUGAUGAGAGGUGGAAUUAGAGGUGGCACUAGCCAAUUAGAAACCGAUCCACCGAGAAAACGAAUAGACACAUGUCGAGUUAAUGGCAGUACAGCUCUUCAACUAGGUCAGAUAAGUCAGGGCUCACCACUGACACCAAGAAGACAAUCUAGAUUUAUGAUUCCGUCUGACAGUGCAAGACACCACACGAGACGUUCUCCAAGCACAGGAUCUCACACUCACGCUUCCCAUUCUCACGGGUCAACCCCAGGAGGUUCUCCUCUUCAUGGCCCAAAUCUACCAGGACUUCUCAGUCCCCACAGGGCAUCGCCUAGCUCACACCAUGGACAAUCGUCGCACAGUCCACAUCGAUUGUCCACUGGAAGUGCCAGCAGUGGAAAUGGAACUUCUCCUAAUACCACCAACUCCACUACAACUGCCACGGCUCCGACUAUUGUUCAACCUCUCAGCAGUGUUGGCAUUGAAUUCAAUGAGAAUCUACCAAUUGGUGUCACACCACCCGGAUCACCUCACACUGGGGCAGGCUCGGGGGCCCAUCAUUGGCGAUCGCGGCUAACUACUAUUAAAAAUUCCUUCCUCGGUAGUCCAAGGUUUCAUCGACGCAAGCUGCUCACUAGCACCGAAGAGGUUCAUCUCACACCAGACUCUUCUCCGGAGUUAACGAAGAAGUCUUGGUUCGGUAGUCUCAUGGCAACUGAAAAAGACGAGACCUUCACAGUUCUCGUCAAGGGAAAGCCAUUGGCUAGUGUGAAAGCCGAUUUAAUUCACGCAUUUCUCUCGAUAGCAGAGUUGUCUCACAGCGUGAGUUCCCCGAUGUCUUUCAAAGUCGAAUAUAAACGUGGAAGUACAGCACCAGCAAUGUUCCAGAGACAAGUGAGAUUUCAAGUAGACAUCAGUGCUAUCGGCAAACAUUCCAGUGAACCUCUGUUCGCAAUUACCUUUACACUUCUGAGUGGCAAUAUCAGACGAUUUCGAAGGGUCUGCGAACACAUACAGUCUCAGGUAUGCUCGAGAAAUGCAAGUCUAGCUCUUGGAUCUCAGAGCCGAGCAGCUCCACCGAGCCCAAGGGCAUCUAGAAAAUUCGCCACUGAAAUGAGCGAGAGCUCAAGCUGUGGCAGUGACACCAGCGAGAGACUUUUCUCCAAUCCUCAUCCUGCUACCAGACAGGUAGUUUGCUUCAAUAAGAUUGACUCGGACCUCGAAUCCGAGAGUUCAGCGUUCGACGUCAAGUCUCCAACCCACGAAAAUGGUCGUCGUAGUUCAACAUCGACUAACAACAAUAAUCAAAUGAGUGGUGAUUCAACUUCAAUCCCAGGUAGUCCACCAAAGGCAGUUCGUAGCAAUUCAGAAAGUCAGAACACACCAGAAAAAAAAUGUGUAACAACGAUGAGUGGCAGCAACAUAGCAUGAUACUACCAGAAUUUCCGCAUGGAAUUUUGUGAAAGUCUUGGUAGUAUCUGGAAUGGCAGUCGCCGAUUUUGGUGAGUUAUUCAAUGGGUUUGCAUAAGUGUUUUUUUUUUCAUAAGUAAAAGAAUAGCAGAUGAUAUCUCUGGGCUCUAAUAGGGUCACGCUAAUUCUAAAAUAAUAAUGAGAGCGAAUGAAAAUGGACAUGUGUCGGGACAGGAUGUGCAAUGGAGGAAUAGCCGAGUAUUACGAUUUUCAUGUUAAUGUGAUAAAAAAUCGUAAAUUGAAGAUAUAUUUUCUCAACAAACAUAUCCCGUGGCUGAUUAAUGAUAUAUAUGUUUCAUACACAAUAAUGUGCGCGUGCAAUGGAACACCGGAAUAGAUUUUACAUUCGAUAACAUUUAAAAAUGGCGCUCGUGGUAUCAGAAACGAAUAAUGAAUCAUUUAAAUGCCUCGACUUUUUAUUCUAAUUCAAUAUAAAUGAAUAAGUAAAUAAAUAGAUGAACAAAUAGAUAAAAGUGAUGCGAAAGUAAUUUGAUGUAGUGAAUGGAAGGGUAAGGGAGAGAAUCUGUAGUCAACAUUGCGCACUGUACGCCUAUAUUGCUAAAAUCAAGAUUUAUUAAAAAUCUGUUUGAUUAAAAAAAAAUGUAUCUGCGCAUAGAUUUUGGCUCACAGAGUUCUUAAUUAGUUGGAGGUGCGUUCCUAAUGAAUCAAAUGCUACACUAAAUUAGCGACAUCCUUGACAAAUCGAUUGCUGUUGAUCGAUAGGGCUUUUGCCAAUUUGAAAAAUCAAGUGUACGUGACGUUGAGAAAGCUGAAUGAUAUAAAGCAUUAUUUAAUAAUUGAAUAGAUAGUCCAGAUAAAUACGCGAUAGUAUUUCAAGCAUUAACUUGUUUCGUUUGUUUCCAUUUAGUCAAUCGAUAAUUCGUACAAUUAUCAAUGUUCAUUAAUUGAACUAAUUACGAGAUUUGAAAAUAAAAUGGAGAAACUAUUUAAAUGGAAAUUACCGGCCAUACUUAACGCUAGUUUUUUAUUGAUGAUGAAUCAUAAAAGUUAUUGAUAAAAAUUAUACUUUGAUAUGGUGGCACGUCAGGGGAAGGUAUUUUAUUCGAUUUGGGGGGAAUUUUGGGAAAACGUUAACGUAUUAAGGAUUUUAGGUAGUAUAUUUAUUCAAUACAUUUUUUUCCCACUCCAGAAAUGAAAAAAUUCAGGAAGUGCGUAGAAUGAAGAAAAUUCAAAUCUCUUUGAUUUUUUUCUGAAUUUCCUCACCGUUUGUUUCGUUAUAUCAUUUAUCAUUGAAUUUAUUUCUGGGAUAAGACUUGAGGGGGAGAGAUUUUCUCCUGAUAAUUGUAUCGAGAAUGCGUUUUCUCCCCCAUUAUGUAGAAGGAAUUAGAGAAUAGUGGAAUCAGUUGAGAGGCGCGUUGUUUAAGAAUUUGAGGGGUGAGAAAUGAAUUUUUCAUGAAAUUUUGUCGGUAAGGUAUUGGAGCCUAUUGUAAUAUAUCUCCUUACUCGAUGUUUUUAAUAACUUAUCGUGCAUCUCGUAUAAAUAAUAUACAAUAUUCGUAAUUGAAGAGUGGAUCGUUCGACCGGUCGAUCCAAUUUUUAGCUAGUCAAAGUUUGUAGUCAACGUAAUCUGAGAUUCGUUGCAAUGCUUCAUUUUAUUUAUCGUUUUUGGGCAAUUACAUAUGAUAAUUAUCACUGAGCGGAGCUUAAUCGACGAGUGGAGAGUCGUUAUCGCCUUUAUAUUAUAUAACAGCUCAUUUUAUUCACCUAUUCGUUGAUCGAAAUGUUAAUUUACCCGAAUGAUCAUUCAAUCGUUUAAAAAAUCCGAUUUUUCUUUUCUGUAUUUCGGCCCGUGAAUUUUUUUUAAAUCUUUCGCGAACGUGAAGUAAAUUACAUGAAAUUGGUGUGGGAAAUCGGAAAUCGAUGGAAAUUCAUGGAAAUCCAUGGAAUCUGAAACAUCGAGUGAUUAGAUUUCGGAAGCUGCGUCAGGUGCAGUUUCAUGUCAUAAAUGAAUAUGUAUGUUAGGCAUCUUUGGUGACACGUCCAUGACAACUGACAAUAACGACUGUGGUUGACAAGAGACUUCUCCGAAUAAUAAUUUCCAGAUUAAUGAAACGCGCGUGCGGAAAAAAAAUCGGCGUUUCCCGUAAAAAUUCUCAAUUUCUCCAGGAAAUCGCUGGAAUUUCUCUCACACGCGCGGUAAUAGUCAAAUUAUUUUCUCUCAUUGGGAGCAUUCGAAUCUAUGAUUCACGAUGAUGGAACAAUUUUCUCCGGUUUUAAACGGAUGAAGCGCAAUAUUAAUUGUGUAAUUACUGGAAUUUUUCAUUAACUCGUAUUUGUUUUUUUUUAAUUGAAGAAUUUUCUCAAGCGAUGGUUGUCCAUGGAAUGGCCACCGUCCCCGUCCCUCAAUUAGACAUAAGUUUAAAAGGAAAUAAAAUUGAUGAAAAUGAGGCGAAAGAAUAAAAAAAAAAUGGAAGAAAAUAAACAAUUAUUUUCCGGUGGAAGUGAAAAACUCGUGGUUUUUCGUGCGAAUGUGGUGAAUCGGCAAUUGACAAUGGUGUAUAUGCGUAAUGUGAUUCAGUAAAACGUCAUUCAUACUAUGAAAAAAAAAUUUAAUUGAGACGAUUAAAAUUUUUGUAAAGGAACAAUGAAUCCUGCUUAGAUCGAUUAGAGAAUAAAAUUCUGAGUAUAUCAUCGUUUUUAGCGAAGCUCGGAUAGACGUGUAUCCCCAUGACUAAAAAGAUAUUUCAAAGAUAAAAAUUGAAAAGCGCUUUGUAACACUAAUUUUUGUAACUAUAAAAACAAUCGCAAAUAGUGAAAUCAAAUGAACAUAAAAUAAAUAACGCAAACGUGAAUAGUUAUUGAAUUUGUAUCGAUGAUUGAAUAGUCCCUUGGUAUUGCGCAUGUGCAUUUUAAUUAUUUAAUUGCUUAGUUAAUUAUCCUUGAAUAUGUUGACAAGUUGUAAAGUGGCGAGGGGGGGGAAGAUUAAUCCUUAAACUAAAAUUGUACAGUUCUCCUCAUUAACUUAUUGCUACCGAUGGUUAUUAUGAUUAUGAUUAUUAAUAUUAUGAUUAUUACAUUAUUGAUAUUAUAUAUUGACCAUAUUCUUGCAAGUGGAACAAUCGUAAAAUCGCAAGACGAAGAGGAAAAAUUAAAACUUGUAACAUAUUUCUUGAUGGCCAAUAUCAAAUAUGUAUAAAACGAAAUAAUAAUAAUGAUGCAGCAUUAAUAAUAAGUGACGUUCACAUUUUCAUUUCAAAUUAUCUAUUCGAUUUUUUAUUAUUUCUUUAUUUUUUUU